AAAGCAAAGACAGGGCUGCGAGCGAUAUCAACAAACAACACUCUCGUAUAGUCAAUUUGCCUUUGUUCUCAACUUUCCCUUUUCUCUUAUCUCUUUCACUAGGGAUUGCAGAGCAGUAGCAGCAGCCACAACUUUAACACAAUCCAAAUCAGACCAUCAACCAUGGAUUGAUUCUAUUCCCUAAUCCUUUCGCUGCUUAAUUUCUCACACUUUUUCUCGUUUUAAUCACUCAGUGUUGUUGCUUACUGUUACCAUGCGCGAUCUCUUAGUCGUGCCUUGGUUUUGGAUCCUUUUAGUGAUUUGAAACUAGUGAAGUGAGUGACUUGCUGUCAUGGAAGAUACAGAGUCGGUUUCGACACUCAUAGACUCCACGACCUCCAAGAUACAGCAACUUCAGAAAGCAUUUGCGGAACUUGAAAGUCACAGGGCUGUAACUCUCAAUUUGAAAUGGAAAGAACUUGAAGAACAUUUCCAUGGGCUUGAAAGGUCCUUGAAGAGGCGUUUUCAUGAGUUGGAAGAUCAGGAAAAGGAGUACGCAACCAAAACAAGAAGAGCCCAAGAAAUGUUGGAGAAGCGGGAAGCUGCCGUUUUAGCCAAGGAACAUGCUUCAUUGGAGAGGCUCCAAGAGAAAAGAGAUGCUGCUGUGUUUGCCAUUGCUCAUGCACUACAGAAGAAUGGGCAAGGAUCAUCUGCAGAACCUGUUGUUGUGACCAGUGAUGUUCAAUUUGAGCUCCCAUCUAUUGAAUACCAGCCACAUGAUACCAUGGCUGCUGUGGCUAAUAAUUCUUCUGAAAAUGGAAUUAUGGAGGUGAUGUCUUAUCCAGAGUUAACCAAACUAUGUGGGGCAAUGGACUCAGAAGGGCUGCAUAAGUUUAUCUCGGACAAUCGAAAGAACCUUGCUGUCCUGAGGGAGGAAAUUCCUCUUGCUUUAAAAGCUGCAGAAAACCCAGGCCAAUUGGUUUUGAACUCUUUGGAAGAUUUCUAUCCCAUGGAGGUGCCAAAUGUUGAUGUAAAGAAAGAUUCAGGCCUAUUGGGUCUUCGGCGGACCUGUAUCAUGUUGAUGGAGUGCCUUAGCAUUUUGCUUACAUAUAGAGAUCUUGUUUCUAUUUCUGAUGUAAUCUCAGAAGACGUUAAAGAGCAGGCGAAGGCAAUUGCUGAAGAGUGGAAACCCAAGUUGGAUGCCCUAGAUGUGGAUGAUAGCAAUGGGAACUCCUUGGAGGCACAUGCUUUCUUGCAACUUCUAGCCACCUUUGGCAUUGCUUCUGAUUUUGAUGAGGAAGAACUAUCCAGGCUAAUUCCAAUGGUAUCUCGUCGUCGUCAAGCUGCUGAACUCUACCGUUUUCUUGGAUUGUCAGAGAAAAUGCCAGGUGUAAUUGAAGUACUGAUAAAUAGUGGAAGGCAAAUUGAUGCAGUUAACUUGGCUUUUGCUUUUGAGUUGACAGAGCAGUUCUCGCCUGUGCCUCUAUUAAAAUCAUACUUGAAGGAAGUAAGAAAAACUUCUCCACCUGUGAAGCCUGGAAAUGCAUCACCAAUUGCUGUUCAGAAUGAUGUCAAUGAACGGGAGCUGACUGCUCUUAAGGCUGUGAUAAAGUGCAUUGAAGAGCAUAAGCUUGAAGAGCAGUAUCCUGUCGACCCACUUCAAAAGCGUCUUGUUCAGCUGGAGAAGGCCAAGGCAGACAAGAAAAGAGCAACUGAAGCUGCCAAGCCUCAACCCAAGCGACCACGUGCUAAUGGUGUUGGCUGUGGGCCCCGUGUCACUAACAUUGCUGCUGAAAAGACAUUCUAUCCUAGAGUCGCGGAUAGGUACCCGCAGUACAUGUAUGACAGACCAUAUGUUUACCCCAGCCACACUGACAAUCACGGCCCACCUCUUAUGGGUUCUGCUACUUACAACUUCUCUCACAGUCAUGGCAACUACUUUGGAAAUGGCUACCAGUACCAGGCCCCGUAUCUUCACUAGUUAAUAAAGAUGGCGAGAAAAGGUGACUGAUGCUGAUUUUAACUGUUAGCCUUAACCCUCCAGUCCGAUGAUGUUGUAUGAAUGAAUUUAGUUAUCUAAAAAACUAAACGAAAACUAUUCUGUUAAUUUUAAUCUGCUGUACAAGAGUUAAUUUGAUCUUCUAAUAUAUGCACUCUGUUUUGUGUA